CAUGCGCCCAUCUAAUUUUUAAUGGAUGACAAAAGAACAUAUAGUUGAGUUUGUAAUAAUAUAAACAUACUGAAACUGGUGUAUAUUGAGAAUGAUACUUGUAAUCUUCAUUUGUAUUAUAUGAUUUAUUUUUUUUUUAAACGCAAUUAAAAAAGUUAAUGACUAUCAUCGAAACUUUAAUUCUUCAGAACGAAUAUUGCUACGAAAUCAUUAUAUUGUGUCCCUCGAGCCACAUUUGUAACGAACAAAGAUGAAAGUCGGGAAUUGAUGGGCGUGUGGCCGGAUGUUGUUCGCGAUCUCACGGAAACUGGUCGAAAUUUGGACAUACCCGACGUUACCAAAUGGACGGCAAAGGUACUACAAUAUAAUGUUCCUACAGGAAAAAAGAGUAGGGCAUUAGCUGUUGUACUUGCAUACAAAUUGUUAGUUCCUCAACAUGAUUUAACAGAAGAAAAUUUACGCUUAGCACGAAUUAUUGGUUGGUGCACAGAGCUGUUACAAGCAUUCUUGCUAAUAAAUGACGAUAUUCAAGAUCAGUCAAAAACUCGACGCGGUCAGCCAUGUUGGUACUUACAUGGUGAUAUUGGAUUAACAGCAGUUAAUGACAGUAUGUUGCUGCAAGCAUGUUUAUAUCAACUCCUAAGAACACAUUUUAGGUCCAAAGAUUAUUACAUAAAUCUUAUAGAAUUAUUCCAAGAUACUACAUUAAAAACAGCAUAUGGUCAAUGUCUGGAUAUACUAUCAACAAACUUUGGAAAAAAACCAAAUCUAGAUCUCUUUACAAUGGAUCGAUAUAAUUCCAUUGUUAAAUACAAAACAGCUUACUAUACGUUUAUUCUGCCAGUUACAGCUGCUAUGUAUCAUGCUGGUAUUAAGGAUCCAGAGAUGUAUAGACAAGCAAAAACUAUUUUAUACGAAAUGGGUCACUUCUUUCAAGUUCAAGAUGACUAUUUAGAUUGUUAUGGUGACUCGGAAACUACUGGGAAACUUGGUACAGAUAUAGAAGUAGGAAAAUGUUCGUGGCUUAUCGUUGUAGCUUUGCAACGAGUUUCACAAGAACAAAAAAAGAUUUUAAAGGAGUGUUAUGGAGUGCCAGAUCCAGAAAAAGUGGAGCGCGUGAAAAAACUUUACGAAGAAUUAGGUAUACGAAAUACCUAUUCCAUCUAUGAAGAAGAAACGUACAAUUUAUUACAUACACAUAUACAACAAAUAUCGCGUGGACUUCCACAUGAACUCUUUUUAAGGUUACUAGAAAAAACAUACCGCAGAGUGGCUUAAAAGAUUAACUACAACUACAUGGAUUGAAUCAAUAGACCCUUUUAUUUCCAAUUUCACAAAAAAAAAAAAAAAAGGAUGUAUGCUUUAUUCAGUACAAUUAUUUUGAAUAUAUAUUAUGAAUUUAUUGAUGAAGGCUGAAUAUGGACCAAUACUAAAUGCAUUUAUUUUUUAUUUUUUAAAGGAUCUAUCAUAGUAUAUUAUGUUCUUAAAAGUUGUUACGAUUAUCGUUGAAUAUAUGUAUGGCAUCAAUAGUAACAACAAAUAAUGUAUUAAUAAUUGUUAACUCCAUAUUAAGAAAAUAGGAUACUACAUGAUAUUUUGUAUGGUAUACACACAUUGUAUAAAUAUAUUUACAAAUAUUUAAUUGUU